UUAUAACAAGUAGCUAUUUUCUCUCUCUAAUAACAUAAUAUAUAUCUGAAAAAUGAAUUGCAGAAUAGUAAUAACUAGAAAUCCCAUUCCCGAAGAAAGAGAAAUAGAAUAAGAGGAACGGAACGGAAUCAUGUCAUUACGCAAACGAACCUUGCUGAAAGUGAUUGUUCUAGGAGACAGCGGGGUUGGAAAGACUUCUUUGAUGAAUCAAUAUGUGCACAACAAGUUUAGUCAGCAAUAUAAAGCUACAAUUGGUGCUGAUUUUGUCACUAAAGAACUGCAGAUCGAUGACAGACUCGUUACUCUACAAAUAUGGGACACUGCAGGGCAAGAGAGAUUUCAAAGCCUUGGUGUUGCGUUUUACAGAGGAGCAGAUUGUUGUGUUCUAGUCUAUGAUGUUAAUGUCAUGAAGUCAUUUGAUACGCUUGAGAACUGGCACGAGGAGUUUCUCAAACAGCAGUUGUUUUGUUCGAAUUGUUCGUGCCUGGUUUUUUUGGUGUCUUGCAAGUUGUUCAUGUACCCAAGUCAGAUUCUCCGUCUCAACUCCCAGCCUUGGGGAAAAAUCUGCUUAUGUGGCAAAUUUGAUAGGGAAGAAAGGUUACACCUAGCCGUUCGACCCAAGGUUGUGCAGUUUCGCCCUUUCAUGUGGUCAGCUUUGAUUAACGAGUGACUAUUGUUCUAACAUACAGUUGCACACUCGCAAUGAGUUAGUCCAUCUCUCUUUUUUGUGGGAUGCAAUUGAAAUGCACUCAAUAGAAGCUUUGCAAACCAAAACAGCAUGAAGUAAUUAUGAAGAAGAAGAAAGGAAUGACUAAAGGAUUCCAACAUGAGCUGACAUUUCUUUGCCCAAUCCAUUUCUUAAUUUUCAGAAGCCAUUUCUUAUCGAGCAUCCAUUUAAUGGUCAAUAUAGUGGAAGAAUGAAUUCAUUAAAUUACCUUGAUAGGAUUUGUCUACCUUUUGAUGAAUGACCGACCAAUAUUUUGUAUAUAGAGAGAAACUAGGGGCCAUUCCUCGCCUUUAGUAAUUAGGAAAACUUUGGGAAUCAACACCAAUGAAACCUUUCUUCAAGCAUUGUUCAUUUUGUUAAAUAAAUUGUACUUGGUUCACUAGACUAAGUUAAUGUUAUUACAUUUAUGGAUUCCAAUAAUCACACAGUUUGUUGUAAUUUUUUGGCUUUUUGCUUUAUUAUAUUUAAUAUUAUGUCUUUUUAUUGUUACUUAGCAAGUCUGGCUUUCCUUUUCGAUUCUUGUCUUCAUUGAAUUUCAGCGAACUAAAUUAUGUAACCUGAAACACGAGUUUUUUCUGGGGGAAUGAAUCAUUCAAAUUAUUUCUGAAUCAAAUAUACCACAGCAUGAUAUGUUAUGUAAUUGGACUGCCCUUCGUAGUAAUUUUUCUGUUUGAAGAGAAUCAAGAGAUAUGAUCCCACCAUAUCUCGAAAUUCAUUGAUCUGACAAAUUUAAUUCAUUGAUCUGACAAAUUUGUGUUAGUUUGUUCAUUGAGGCUGCAUAAUUUUCUGGGUCAUUAAUUAACGUUUUAUGUUUGCUUGUUUAGAUGGCUAGUUUGACACCUGUAGUCUCUACAAUCUUUUGACUUCUUUAUGAACAUCCAUGUUUCUUUGGAAAUAUGUCACUUAGGAUAUCCAAGUUUCCCUUUUUCUUUUACCAUUGAAGAUAGGCUUUGAUUAUGAUUUAU